AUGGUGUAUGAUGGUCUUUGCCAACAGAUAGCUGGCCUUUCCUUGGAGCCCAAUAAGGAGCAUCGUGUCUCAGUAUUCCUGAGCAACGUUAAGUCAGCCAUCGAGUCGAUGCUUGGCACAGAGAUUGCCAAACGAUGGGUCUGCACCAAUGGCUUUGACUUCAAGCCGUGCUCCAUUGCGGAGUGUGCGCUAUGUGGCAGGACGCACGAGUCGAACGACUACCUGGUCCGCCAGGAGGUCAGUAAACGCCGUGUGCUGAGCGACAUUGCAGGUACUUGCAGAACCACCCUUGAAACUCUGCUCAAACACGUCCAUCCACCGCUGGACACUGACAAAGACCAGAUCAUGGUCAUCAAAAGACACCGCAGCCAACUCGCCAAAGGUGUGGCAUAUGUCCAGAAGGACACGAACAUCAAGAUCAUCUUGUUGUUCUACCGCACACUCUACAUUGACGAGGCCAUCGAGUCGCGUCUUGACCAGAAUCCUAAUGCCUUGACCGUCAAGAAUGGGGCCAUCGGUCUGCAGACCGAAUACAAGGGCCUGGGUGCUAAAGCAGACAUCAUUGAUGAAUUUAUUGCAGACCUAUUUAACCACGACAUGAACCUGCAGCGCUUUCUAGGAUACGGUAUCACUGGUUGCACAGAUUCGCAGGUGUGGACCAUGUUUACAGGCGAAGGCUCCAACGCGAACUUCAAGUUAGCAGAGUAUGGCCACUUUUAG